AAGAAAGAAAGAAAGAAAAGGCUAGAUCUUCUGCAUUCAGAAAAAAGUCCGUGUAGCUCCCAGUAAACAAACAGGCCCACCCAUUUCCUUUUCUCUCCCCUCCAGAUGACCAGGCAGUGUCUUUCUAGUUUGGGUUUUAAUAUGCACACCAAGCACGCAGGGCAACCACCUCCUCCCCGUUGGGAAAGUCUCUCUCUAUACACAAGAACACCUACAAUCUCUGGGAGCCCCCACACUGCUCCCCCACACUGCCGAAUCCAAAGGGCAGAGGCUGCCUUACGAGAGCGAGAGCGGGCGUCCCAGUUCAGUUAAUUGAAGUUCUGCCUCUUUCCUGCUAAACUUUUCCCCCAGUCUGCCUCCGCCAGCCCCCUCGUCUGAUUACAUCUAGUAAUUCUCCACUGAAUGAACGUCAUUUACAAUAGUGGAGGAGCUCUGAGCUCGCCGCUGCUUCACGCUCCAUUUGCCCUCCAUUCUCCCUUUAAAGUGCUCGUGUAAUAUUAAUAGUCAUGAAUAUCAAUUAUUAUGAGGCGGUGUAGGCAAGCGGAGGGAGGAAGGGGCGCCCGAGCAGUCUGAGCCCAGCUUCGGGUGGAAGAGGUCUGUAUCUGGUCUGUAUCUGGAGCCCCAAAGAACCCGGCGAAGGAAAGAGGCCAAAAAGACGGUGAGAGACAGAUGAACAGUUCUGCCUGUCUGUGACAGGCACCUCCAAUCUUCUUGGAGGGGGAUUUUUUUUUUUUUUUUUUUUGAUGGCUUGUCCUGGAAACACCUCAAGCUCAGCUCUCGUGUCCAGCUUGCUUCUCUGCUGGACUUUUUGAUUUUUGAAAAUUCAUUGUUUGAUUUUGAGCAGUAACCAGGCUUUUUUUUCCAGAUGUUAGUCCACACCUAUUCAUCCAUGGACCGGCACGAUGGCGUCCCAAGCCAUAGCUCGAGACUCUCUCAGCUGGGCUCUGUGUCCCAAGGACCCUACUCGAGCGCCCCGCCGCUGUCCCACACACCAUCAUCGGACUUCCAGCCACCCUACUUCCCGCCCCCCUACCAGCCGCUACCCUACCACCAGAGUCAAGACCCCUACUCCCACGUCAACGACCCCUACUCCCUGAACCCUCUGCAUCAGCCCCAGCAGCACCCCUGGGGACAGCGGCAGCGCCAGGAAGUGGGUUCAGAAGCCGGCUCUCUCCUGCCCCAGCCCCGGGCGGCCUUGCCCCAGCUCUCGGGCCUCGACCCCCGAAGGGACUACCACUCUGUCCGCCGGCCGGACGUGCUGCUACAUUCGGCACACCACGGCCUGGACGCCGGCAUGGGCGACAGCCUCUCGUUGCACGGUCUUGGGCAUCCCGGCAUGGAAGAUGUGCAGUCAGUUGAAGAUGCCAAUAACAGCGGCAUGAACCUAUUGGACCAGUCAGUCAUUAAAAAAGUUCCUGUCCCUCCCAAAUCUGUGACUUCUCUAAUGAUGAAUAAAGAUGGCUUCUUGGGAGGAAUGUCAGUCAACACCGGCGAGGUAUUUUGCUCAGUCCCAGGCCGUUUAUCUCUACUCAGUUCAACUUCAAAAUACAAAGUGACUGUGGGAGAAGUUCAGAGACGGCUCUCGCCCCCUGAAUGCCUCAAUGCGUCUCUCCUUGGCGGCGUCCUCAGAAGAGCCAAAUCGAAAAAUGGGGGGAGAUCCUUGAGAGAAAGGCUAGAAAAAAUCGGUUUGAAUUUACCCGCGGGCAGGCGCAAAGCAGCAAAUGUCACGUUACUCACCUCCCUGGUGGAAGGGGAAGCUGUUCACUUAGCUCGGGAUUUUGGGUAUAUUUGCGAAACAGAGUUUCCUGCUAAAGCUGUGUCCGAGUAUUUGAACAGACAGCACACGGACCCCAGUGACCUGCAUUCCAGAAAGAAUAUGCUGCUGGCCACCAAGCAACUUUGUAAAGAAUUUACGGAUCUGCUGGCGCAGGACCGGACCCCGAUCGGCAACAGCCGGCCCAGCCCCAUCCUGGAGCCCGGCAUCCAAAGCUGCCUCACGCAUUUCAGUCUCAUCACGCACGGCUUCGGCGCCCCGGCCAUUUGCGCUGCGCUCACGGCCCUGCAGAACUAUCUCACCGAGGCGCUCAAAGGCAUGGACAAGAUGUUCUUGAACAACACCACUAACAGGCACACGUCUGGGGAAGGCCCAGGUAGUAAAACUGGCGACAAGGAGGAGAAACACAGGAAAUGAAAAAAAAAAAAAAUUAAAAGAGAAGGAAAAUGUUUUAAAUACAAAAGGAAAACAGAAAAAAAAAUAAUUUUAGCUUUAACAUAUUGGAUUGGCUUUGGAAGAAUUAUAUUAGGUAGAAUACACAUACAAUCAAAAUUAAAAAAAAAGAAAGCUAAAUAACUUUAAAAAAAAAAUAAACUGAGGCAUACAACGGAGCAGCAAACCGGCUCUCGGUGUCUAUUUCAAGAUACACAUGGAGACAACCGUCCGGAUUUUCCACUUCGGUUCUUUCGAGCUUAGUAAUACAGAUAAUAAAAGAAAACUAUGAAACCCCCUUUUGGAAAAUAAACAUGAGACGAAACAUGAGAACACGCUAACUUAUUGGAAGAAAAUUGGAGAAACGUUGGUGUCAAUGCUUUGAGAGCUGGUUGACUGAGACGCACGAACUUUUAAAUUUAAUUUUUUUUUUUUUUAAAGGAAACUCUCGCAGUCCGCGCGCUCCAUUUCUCCUCACCCUUCUCUCCGCUGCUUCCCUUUCUCCCCUCCCCACACGGUUCCGGGAAUCUGCCGGGUGAUCCCCAGUGUGAUUAGUUCAUUGGCGUUGCGUUUGUCCCUUUGGUACCCAGACCUCGCCUUGUUCCCAACUCCCCGGUGCCCAACUCCCCCCGGUGUGUUUAAUUAGGGAGGCGUGGAGGGGGAAGGGGGUGGGGAGAGGCUCUAGCGUUUGAUCUGGUCUUGAGAGCGGCAGAGGAAACCCAGGCCGAUAAGUUGAUUCAUCAUGGUUCCUUUCAGAAAAUGUUACUAGUUCCCAGACUUGCCAGCACCUGUUCACAGAGAACAUUAUAUUCGUUAUACUUGUGUCAACUAGAAGUAUAGUUUAAAAAAAAAAAGAAAGAAAGAAAACAAAACACGAAUACUUUGAUUAGUAUGUAAUUCCUUCGGAGGGGUAUGUACCAUUUCAUUUUCUUCUGUUUCCCAAAGCUUUACCCGCAUGGUUUAUGAGCUUCUUCAAAGAAGACUUGGGCUUCCUACACAAUCUAUAAGGUACUGAGAAAAAAAAAAUCCGAUUCCUUUAAAGUCAAAGCCUGUGUGUCAGAAUUCAGCAGGUUCACUUCUUUAAAGAAGCUCAAAGGGAAUCGUUUAGGAAGUGGCCAGUAUGCGGGUGGGGGGCGGGCAGCUUUGAAUCUUCUUGCUUAAGCACCUCAACACAGGGAUUUCCGCAGGGGUGGGGCACUGAAAAAUGCCUUUUAAGGGAGUAAGGCUUCUUGGGAACCUAUAUUCUAAUAGUGUUGUCUUCACUGAAAAAUGAAUUGCAUUUUCUUGGGCUCUUUGGGGAUCGUUGUUCUAAUGGAGAAAGAAGCAGCCUUGCCGAUGUAAUUGGGGAAGACAGCUUUAUGAACGAAGCAGUUUCCCCUCUCGAACAUAGACUUAUUUUGGCACAAAAUGGUUAACAACCACCCACCCACCCACCCACCACCACCACCACCACCAAGCAAAGUGAAAGGGCUUGUAUUUCAGCUUUAAAUUCCUGUCUGGAUAUAUUGGGAAUAUUCCCAGUGGAUGAGGCAUCUCACUUCUCUCACCUCAACUUUUUACUCCUACUCUAUCUUAGCAUUACCAUGAAUUAAGAGCCCUGCUCCUUUAGCAAGAACUGUGAGAUCCUCUGAGUAUUGGGUUGAUGAGAUAAGUAGACUCUUUUAGUGUGGCUACACUUGUUUCUUUUCAACAACCCAGGUGGAAUCUUUGCAAAAUCCAUUGGGAUAAAAAUUCAGAUGCUUUCUGUGAUUUACAGAUAGCUCUCCCCACCCUAAAUGAUCUGGACCCUCAGUUUCCCCAUCUUUCCCCAGUCCACCUUAAAGCAAGAGAAGGGUGUUAAAGCUUUAGGGACCCUCUGAGGGCUUUGCUUUGAGGGUUUUAUUUGAGGGAAAGGAAAAUCUCACAGUGAGUUUUAGGUCAAUGGAGGUUGUAAGCAACAAUUGAGGUCAGGCAACUUCCCAUCUCCUAGCUCUAGCUGCUUCUGAGGCCUGUGGAUUUUCAGGACCCAGCCCUAGCCAAGCCGAAAGGAGUACAAAGUGCAGAAAAAAGACGUUGUGUGAACUGUAGACUCGCAUCUUUCCUCAGUUUAGAAACCUCCCCUUUUGUCCCAGGGCCUGACGCUUGCAUUAGUUGAAUUCUGAUUGCACAAGGCCAGCAGAAAACACACUGAAAAACAUCGUCUCCUUUCCUUGCAGGGCAACGCGCCCCACGCGUGUGACAUCGAGAGACGCGAUGGAUGCGCCUUGCUCUUACUGUGCAGGUCCUGGGAACAUGGGGGCCACUGGAGCCCAGUGGUGUUGAGGACAUAGAAUCAAGCAGCUGCUGGGGGUCGCGAGCCGCACGGGCCCUUCCUGCUCUCGGUCUCACCCUAAGGGCUAAGGCCACUGAGAAAGGCCAGUUCCCGAGUAGGUAAAGGGGCGGUGCCCCACUGGCUGCUGGGGGGGGAGGGGUCCCAGAGCUCUGUAAAGUCCUUUGGCGGCUAGCAGUCAGAGACAUUGUGGCCUGGAAAAGUCCACGGAAUCUGAAACUUCCACGUGUUCUUUCUGCCAGGAAGGAAAUUGUCUCCACCCUCACUCUCUUGAAGUGUGGACAUGAAAUAAGAAUUGUCAUACUUGGGUAGGUAGGCUCUCUUAGGCGCCCAGCUCUCCGUGUGAGCAGAGCGGGAAGGUGCAGCUAGAUAAACUCGGCUGUCCCUCCCCACAAACCCCACCUCGCCUCCGGGGUGAGUCCUCAGUUUCUGCUUUUUUUUUUUCUUCCUUUUUUCACAUCGGACCUCCAACCCCUUGCUUUCCUUAGCCAAGCCAGCUACGUUUAUCUGAUAAUUGAGUUAUUAAAAGAUUUGGUUUCCUUGGGCUUAUAAAUCAAUAAACAGUAGGAUUAACACAAGAGUUUGCCUUUUAAGUCAAGGAAAACGUUUAAGACCAGACCCUUUGAGUUUUGUUUUCAAACCAAACAGGUGACUUGCAGUCCCCUCCUCUCCCCUGCACUCUGUAAGUUUUAUGCCCUACUAAGUCCUGGGGUUCCAAACCAAAAUAGCUAAAGACCGUAGAGUAAGCCUGCAGCGGAGUUCCCUGGAGAUUCUUCCAGGCCCUGCUUAGCGAAUCCUGCCUUCUCCUACUUGCAUUCUGUGUUUCAUGGAGUUUGUUUCCAGGUGAGGAUUCCAUCUCCAGGGACCGUUAACUUCCACCCCAACUAGGAAAUAAUUUUCUUCUCUCUCUUACCCCGACGUAUAUUGCAUUUUCUUCCGUCUACCCUACCUCCUCAUCCUUAGCUUUCUCCACCCCCAUAUAAAGAGCCCAAGAGGCUUUCAAAGAUCCGAUGUUUGUUUUCAUUGGCCAAGGAAACCACUUUCUCUUAAGCAAUUAUUUCAUAUCCUAUGAAAACUUUGGUCGAAUGGAAAACCCCAAACCCCUAACUUAUCUACAUACUUCUUCCUUGGGUAAAAGACUCAUCCCUAGUUAGAGUUGAGUCAUUUGAUAUCCUGUCCUUGCAAUACUUUAUGUGGAAAGGAAAUGAUGACCUUAAACCAUUCAACACUGCCUCAAGAGCUCCCACGGCGUUUCCCUCUUUUGCUGAAGUAUAUUAAAUUAUUGGUGAAAGAAAAGAGAAGUAUUGAAAUUCAUUCAUUUUUUAAGGAAAAAACGGAGUGAACACCAUUUCUUCUUUAAAUGUCAAAUUGAUUCCCCUUUUGAGUUGGUCUCUGAUUCACUAACAUUAUUUUUACCACCCAGUCAAGAAAUACCAACGGCCUCUUCUUGAGAGCACUCUGGAGGGUAUCCGUGUUAAGUUGUAUAUAUUUAUUUAUGCUUAAUUUAAUGGGAAUGUGUAAAUAUGAUGAACAAGUAGUUUGGGAUUAUUUAUCUGUGAAUCUAUACCUCUGUGAAUGGGUGGUUAAAAAGAAAAACCGCUUGACCCUAGGUAGACUCCUAUCUGAAUUUUUCUGUUCUUUAUAGACAAGCUGUUAUGGUAUUGGGUAGAAAUUGGUUUAUUGUCCAGUGUUAAUCUGAUUUACAUAAAUAAAAAGAUUGUUGUGUUUUUGUUGUGUUCUCAUCUUCAGUUUCUUAAACAUGGAUAUUGUUUCAUUCUACAGACAGAAAAGAGAUAGAGCAAAAAACUUUCUUCCUGUUGCUCCCCCCACUAAAGUACAUACAGUGUUUUUGUUACAACAGAAAUACAAUAAAUUAUGCUUAUCAGAAAAAAAUGAACACUUUUGUUUCCAGUGGGAGGUGCUUUACUUUUAAAUUUCCAAAUGGAUACUAGUCCCAAUCAUAUUUGUAAUAAAAGUUCAUGUUAACUACAUCUUAUUGUUUAUUUUACCCUUAAAAGAGAAGGAGUGUUAUAUUUACUCUCUGGGUCUCUAAAAGAUUGUGAGUCCAGGCCAAAGAUACUACAGUGGGAAGCUGAAUGGACUAGAUGUUCCCAGGUGGUGCUGAUGCACACUGUAAAACUGGGUGCUGGCUCCUGAACUUGGAGACCUGGGCUCUGAUGGGGUUGAGUGGUCAAUUUCAGGAUGGAAGCCCUUCCUCACUUUAUCACUAUAAGGGCUUUUGCAAAUAAAUGAUGAAAAAGCUCACUUGGCUUCGAAGACCUUGAGUUGUACAUGGCUUAGGAGGCUAUUUCUUAUCUUGGGUUCUGAGGCUGCCUGGAAGCAGUCAGCUUUUCUCACGUGGGUUAAUGGACUUUGGCUUAGCCCCAUAAGCUUCAGCGACUAAACAUCUCAAUCUGUAUUUUGUCCCAAGGUGGGGGGUAUGUUCCUGGAGGCCAGGAAAGCAAAGUCAUUCGAGAUAUUCUACAGUUUGCACAAGUCACUGCCUCUUUUGACAUCGCAGGCUUUAUCUGUCCUUUCCUACACCGUGAUUGUCUAGCUUAACCAUAAAAGCAGAAACAGCAGCCAAUGCAUACAUCCAAAAAUGGUACAUCCUGAGCUCAGAUUACGUAAGAGUGUUUAACAGAUAGUUGGUGUUCGAAUGAUAAAUAGUAUGCCUUUUGUUAAGUUUUCCAGUUUCUGAACCAGUCUUGUACAUUUGGAUUUCCCUGUAGAGAAAAACAGAAUAGAUGGUACAAUCUGUUUUAUGGGACGCUUUCUAAUUCUUGUAGUAUUUAUUAAUUUAAAGGGAGGAGGGUUUUCAUGGCUACAACUGUAAACAACGGACUAAAAAAGAAAUAAAAGAAGGGAAGAAGUAAGGAUGAGAACAAAGCAAAACAAAACAGGAAUGCUACAGGAAGUGUCAUUA